CUGGAGCCGGUGGACAGACACGGGUGGGCGGAGCUGGAGCGCCCGACGUUUUCUGAUGUGAAUUUGAAGUUAUGAACUGAAGUAGCUGAAACAAAUCAAAAGUUCUUGAUGACUUGACGGUUGGAUUUAACUGCGAGAAGCUAUUACAGGAUUUUAAAGUUGUCUCAAGUAAUGGCGCUCCGGCCAACGCUGGAAGUUAAGGACAGAUCAUCAACAACAUCUGCGAAGUUGGCGCUCUUUAACAAAACUGACUCUACUUUAAGGACGGAUCGACCAGCCCGCAUGUAAUCACAGUCAGAAGUUUGCACAGAGGUUAAGCAGUGGAAAAGGAGCAGCUUCCCUAGACGGAGUGGAGCAUCCCGUCCAGUUCGAGGAUCUCGGAGCGUCCACGGCUCCCAGCAGCGGCUCUGGGUGACAGUGAGAGUGUGAUGGGGAUUAUUGAGGCUCCACGACAGAGGACGGAGGACAAGCUGCAGCCAGAGAUGGAGAAGGGGGAUCAUCAGCGCCGCAGCAGCGGAUCGCCGAGCUGUCAGAUGCAGAGGAAUGAUAAUUAGAAAGAGAUUGACUCAGCAGCCAGAAGAACAAGAGGAAGAAGAGGAGGAGGAGAAGCCUGCAGCAGUAGAGGGGCGAGCAGAAGCGUACUUGAAGAGAGAAAAGAAAGAGGGAUUGAAUUGAUCAUAAUCUGAUCAACAAGAAGAAGAGAGCAGUUGUUUUUUUUGAGGGAGAUGAUGAUGACAGCAGCAGCAGCAGCAGCAGCGGAGGAGGGGAGAGAGGGAUGAGCUUGGAUCAAUAAUCCUCCCUCCUCCUCCUACCCCUCCUCUUCCUCCUCCACCUUCAUCACCUCUGCAGAAGCGGCUGAAAUCUGAUCUGGAAGUGCUAUCCAAUGGGAUAAUAAUGCUGGUAAAUCCCAGAUGCCUCACUGUACCCAGGAAGGAGAUCUGACAUGACAUUUAACCUUUGCACAUCCCCUCCUGUGACAGACCGACCGCAGGAUGGUGGGUUGAGUCCUGCUCACUAUCCCAUGGACCAGGAAGAGGUGAUGCUUUCUUCUUCCAUGUUUGUCAGAAGAUGAUUUUUGAUGGAGGUCUUCAUUUUGUGGGGAUCUGAGUUGUGUUGAUUUCUUCAAGCGUGGACAUCAUGAUGAUCGAGAGGAUCUGAACUGAGGCAAUUUUCUUUUCCAGACUGUUUGAUUUGGAAAAUUACCACAAGGCUUCUGACCCUAGGAAUAUAUUAUGAGGCUCUUUGGGGAAACCAGUGAUUAGUCUACUUGUUGCAACACUCGUCAUCAAGACUUGCAUUGGAUGUUGGGUAAAAAAAUAGAACUUGCAUUGCGGGUCCUGGACAGUCAGCAAUGAUAAUGUGCAAUAUCUUUGACACGGAGGGACAAAUAAAUCCUCUUUCAGCUAUGCUCUCCACACUUGCUGCUUGGAAACCAGUGUUCUGAUUUGCCGCAUGGAGUGCAGAGAGUGGAUACAACAGAUUCAUUGACCGAUAGGAAGAUAAACAGACGGUUCUGACUGUUGAGGGAGACGAAGAGAACGUUUGGCUCUGAGAUAUUUGUUCUAUUUUUAACUGUCAUGGGUCCGAAGCCCAACAGGAUCCCCUGAGCGAACCAGGGAAUGGUCAGCGACUCAAUAAAACUCUCUGAUUGGAGCACGCAAGGACGAGGUCCAUCUUGAUCUUUGAAUCAGAACUCAAAGAAGAAGAACUCCUCUCCCCCCCACUUUCCUCUGGUGGGGGGGAGGGUGAAGGGUACUUUUGUUUUUAAGGUGUAGGACUUUGGGCUGUGGGGAGUAGUUUUUAGGCAGUAGGUUUUAGGUUGUAGACGUAGUAAGGAAGGUCUGCUCUCAGAUACUAGUAAUUAGUUCUUCUCUGUUGUGUUCAGGCUUCUCCUCAGUGUUUAGUUCCUUCAGCUAGUUUUAGCCAUUGGCCUGCUUGCUCCAUUCUAGUGCAGAAAUUAGCAUUUAGCCUCAGUGUUAGCUGGCAGCGUGCUACCUGGAUCUGACCAACUGUGAAAGCCAACAGUGUUUAGGUCCUUAAGUUAAACUUUAGUAUUAGUGAACCGUCACUGAUCAUUUAGCCUGAGGUCCACUGGCUAUUAGUCUGUGUGUUUACUUUCAGACCAGCUCGCCAUGGAAGCUAAUCAAGGCCCAGGUCAGGGCAGUCCAGAAAGCCCUAACCGGGCUGUGGAGUACCUUCUUGAACUCAACAACAUCAUCGAGAGCCAGCAGAAGCUUCUGGAAACCCAGCGGCGCAGAAUUGAGGAGCUGGAGGUCCAACUUGACCGGCUAAGCCAAGAGAAUAAGGACCUGCGUUUGGACCGGCAGCCUCCUCCUCCACCUGCUCCUCCUCCCGAGCCUCCUCUCCCUCCUCCUCCUCCACCACCUCCACCGGCUCAGACCACAUCCAUUUCUACUAAGAAUCACCAUCACCACAACAGCCAAGUUCCUCCCCAGCCUCCCUCCUCCAUCCCUCUCUACCACAGCCACCACCACCAGCACCACCACUCGUCAACCCACCACUCCUACAACAGCACCACUACAGCCGCUAUUCCGAUUCCUGCUCCGUCCUCAAUCCCGACCUCCAUCUCUAUCCCGACCCAAAUUCCGGCUCCAGUCUCUUCCUCCUCAUCACCGGCUCCACCUCCCCCUCCUCCGAUCCCACCCAGGGAUCAGCCACGGGCCCACAGCCGGCUGACCCGGAUGCCCUCCACCAGCACCGGCACCAACACUAACUUUGUGGAGAAAGAGAAGGAGAGGCUAGAGCGCCUGCACAGAGCCAACGCUGCCAACAACCACCAUGCCCACACCCUCCACCACCACAAAUCUGUGGAGGGCGACCCUCAGUGUCCGGAGGCGCUCACUUUUUCUGAUUCGUCCUUCGGCCAUCCGCCUCCCUUCCAUCGCUAUAGCAACAGCCCCCUCACCAGCCCCUGUGACCCCUACAGCUCCACCUCCUCCAGCGGGCCCCUGGGAGCCUCUCACACUCACACACAGGGCAGCUCUCCCAUCUCUCCACCCAGCCCGGCAAGCCUUGCCUGGGCUCAGCGCAGUCGACACCAGCCGGCCAGCCUGGCGCUCCGCAAGCAAGAGGAGGAAGAGAGCAAACGCUGCAAGGCUCUAUCUGACAGCUAUGAGCUCUCUACAGACCUCCAGGACAAGAAGGUGGAGAUGCUGGAGAGGAAGUAUGGGGGCCAGUUCGUGUCCCGGCGGGCAGCGAGGACGAUCCAGACGGCGUUCAGACAGUACCGCAUGAACAAGAACUUUGAGAGGCUUCGCAGCUCCGCCUCAGAGAGCAGGAUGACCCGCCGCAUCAUCCUGUCUAACAUGAGGAUGCAGUACUCAUUCGAUGAGCGUCAGCCACAGGGUCAGGGAUUAGCGGGUCAACAGGGUUCAGAGGAUGCCGGAGAUGUGGACGAUUCUUUCUCUAAGCAGGUUAAGUCCUUGGCUGACUCCAUGGACGAUUCACUCACCUGCCAGUCCGGCCGUGAAGACUCCCAAGAAGCAGGAGGCGAGGGAGAGGAGGACGACGAUGAGGAUGAGGAGGAAGGAGACGAAGAAGAGGAAGAGGAGGAGGAAGAAGGGGAGGAAGACGAGGAGGAAGACGAGGAUGAAGACUACAGACAGUGUGCGUGGCGUAACACCAGUGCAUCCUCCCGACGUGUCGGAGGAGGGAGGGGAGGCGUGGGCGGAGGCGCCGCCAUGCACGAGGACAGCACCACCACCUCCUUCAGUGAUGUCACACUCUACAUGGACGAGGGCUGCCUCCCCUCUUCGCCGCUCUCUCGCCCCGCCUCCAGCUCUGAUACAGAGUACUGGGGAGGAGGGGGAGGAGGUGCAGGGGGGAGGGAGGACAGCAGAGAGACGGAGGGAGGCAGCAAUGCCAGCCGGAGGAGCAGCACUCCCUGCACAGAGUGUCGGGGGGAGUACAGAGGGAGGACAGGAGGAGGAGGCGGACACCUCCCUGUCCUGACCAUCGAACCGCCCAGCGACAGCUCAGUGGACAUGAGUGACAGGUCAGAGCGAGGGUCUAUCGGACGCCUGGUAUACGAACAGGAGACUUCAGGAGUCGAGCGAGGUGGAGGGGAGAGGGAGAGGAGGGGAGGAGGAGGGGAAGGCGAAAGUGGGGAGGACGAGCGAGGCGGAGGAGGUGGAGUAAGCAGUGAAGCUGACUCUCCGCAGGGAACCAUCAAACACAAACCAAACGGACGCUCGGUCGCCACAGCGCAGGGACAGACUCGCAGCCCAUCCAGCGUGCCCUUGCCGAUGCCUUCAGCCCGGACCCUGCCCUCUCAUCCACUCCCUCACCCCCUCCAACACACGCACUCCCACCCCCACCAACACCCUCACCCUUCACCCAUGCCCCACCUCCCCACCAUCCUCCACCACCACCCGCAGUACAGCCAGCCGCACAUCAUGCACAUGCACCACGGUGGCAGCCCUUACAUGCAGCACCACUUCGCCCAGCACCACUACCACCACCUGCACCACCAACACCACCACCACCUCCCCCAUGCUUACCCAGAACCCCCUUCUUCUCCGCUGCCCUCCCCCGUCCCGCCUCUCACACCUCUCUCGCCACUGCCGCCACCGCUCACGCCCUCGCCGCUGUCCUCCUCUUCGUCCUCGGCGCUACAAAACAUGGAGGCGCAGCAGCACCACGGCCACCACCCCCACCUCCACCAUCACCACCUGCUCUGCUCAGACGGUGACAACGAGAGCGUCAACUCCACCACCACCAACUCCAACGACGACACGACGGUCAACAACUGCAGCUCCGGCUCCUCGUCGCGUGACAGCCUGCGGGAGCCAAUCGGAGGAGCCACUUUGGGGAAGCAGACCUAUCAGAGAGAGAGCCGUCACAGCUGGGACUCACCUGCCUUCAACAACGACGUGGUGCAGCGGCGGCAGUACCGAAUCGGACUGAACCUGUUUAACAAGAAGCCGGAGAAGGGGAUCCAGUACCUGAUUGAGAGGGGCUUCGUGUCUGACACGCCGGUGGGCAUCGCCAGAUUCAUCCUGGAGAGGAAAGGACUGAGCAGGCAGAUGAUUGGAGAGUUCCUGGGCAGCCGACAGCAGUUCAACAAGGAUGUCCUUGACUGUGUCCUGGAUGAGAUGGAUUUCUCAGGGAUGGAUCUGGAUGACGCUCUAAGAAAGUUCCAAGCUCAGAUUAAAGUUCAGGGUGAAGCUCAGCGGGUGGAGCGACUAGUCGAGGCCUUCAGUCAGCGGUACUGUGUCUGUAACCCAGUGCUGAUCCGGCAGUUCCAGAACCCGGACACCAUCUUCAUCCUGGCCUUCGCUAUCAUCCUCCUCAACACGGACAUGUACAGCCCCAACGUCAAGCCAGAGAGAAAGAUGAAGCUCGAGGACUUCAUCAAAAACUUGCGGGGUGUCGAUAACGGUCAGGACAUCCCCAGAGACCUGCUUGUGGCCAUUUAUGGGAGGAUCCAGAAGUGGGAGCUGAGGACCAAUGAUGACCAUGUGUCACAGGUCCAGGCGGUGGAGAGGAUGGUGGUCGGCAAGAAGCCUGUGUUGUCCCUGCCUCAUCGCAGGUUGGUGUGCUGCUGUCAGCUCUUCGAGGUUCCUGAUCCAAACAGAGCUCAGAGGAGCGGCGUCCAUCAGAGAGAAGUCUUCCUUUUCAACGACCUGCUGAUGGUCACGAAGAUAUUCCAGAAGAAGAAGACUUCGGUGACGUACAGCUUCAGACAAUCAUUUCCGCUGGUCGACAUGCAGGUGCACACCUUCCAGAACACCUACUACCCUCACGGUAUCAGGCUGACGUCGGCCAACCCGGGAGGAGAGAGGAAGGUGCUGAUUGUCUUCACAGCUCCGAGCCAGCAAGACCGAGCACGAUUCACCUCCGACCUCCGAGAGAGCAUCGCAGAGGUGCAGGACAUGGAGAAGUACCGAGUGGAGUCUGAACUCGAGAAGCAGAAAGGCGUGAUGCGGCCUGGCAUGCUGACGGGUGGAGGACCGGGAGGUGUGGGGACGCCGGGGAGUGGGCCCAACAUCGGAGGGGGGCCCGUCAAGAGCGAGGUGGUGAACGGCACCCUGGGUAGGCCGAGCCUCGACGACACAUACGCCUCUGUGGACGGACUUAAACGCACGGCGCUCAGCUCCUCGCUCAGAGACCUCUCAGAGACAGGGAAGCGAGGUCGUAGGAACAGUGUGGGGUCAUUGGACAGUACCAUUGAAGGUUCCAUUAUUAGCAGUCCUCGGCCUCACCAGCAGCGCCCACUGCCAGCUGGAGGUCUUUCCUACAGCCCCAUGAUGGUCCCUUCGUCUCCAGCAGCUUACCGGCCGCACCGCCCUACUCAGAGCCCCGGUACGGGGGUGGGGGGUGGGCCGGGGCUCUGUCACAACCAGGGAGGGGUUACAACCUCCCCACUCGUGAGCGGGGGAGGGGCUGGGGGCGGAGGAGGGAUGCCGGGUGGGGGCGGUCCGACUGGCGGCGGCCUGCUGGGGAAUUUCUUCGGCAGUCGCAGAGGCAAGGUUCCUGGUCCCCUGACGAUGACAUCGCCCCCUCCUCAGGGUCCCCCGAGUCCCCUGAUGAUAUCAUCACCCCCCCAUUACCCCGCCCCCGCACCUCCCAUCCCCCACCCAUCCUCCCCUUCCCCAUGCCCCUCCCCAUCGGCCAACCUCGGGCCAUCGGACUCAGGAGGAGUUGGCGGGGGAGGAGGUACGGGAGGGGUACCGUCCAAGCUCCAGGCUUUGCACGCCCAGUAUUGCCACGGCAACAGUGGAGGAGGCGUAGUGAGUGUUACUGGGCACCAGCAGCAGCAGACUCCGCCCCCGCCCUACCACCACCAUCACCGCUACCACAUGCAGAGCGUCCCGCAGCACCACGCCCUUUCGCACAGGUUCUCCGCACCCCGACGGCAAGGUCCAUCCGGCUGCGCUCCCUCUCAUAUCCAGCAGCAUCAGAGGUUGCAACAUGGCAUCGCCCAGCACCCACGCUACAACAUGGCGUCCGGCUUCAACACGCCCCCACCACUAUCUCCGCACUCCCCCCUCACCCCCACUACCCCACACGGACUCUUCCACUCGCACCCCGUGGUGGGGCGACCGGGUGGAGGCGGCAAGCUCCCACUGACCAUCUCACACUCGCAGCCCCAUCCCCACGCUCACACUCACUCUCACAACCACGCCGUGCACACACACUCCCCGCUCAGCCCUUCCCCGUCCGUCUCCCAGUCCACCCACUUCAUCUUCUCCACCCCGCCACCCCAGACUCCCUCGGCACGCCUCGUCACCCAGACACCUCCGCAGCCUUAUACGCCUCAGUAUCCACCCCUCUCCUCCAUCCCACCUCCCCCUCCGCACUCGCCCUUACCUCCACCAUCGACCGCCCCUCUCUCACCGCACCCACCAGGGGCGGGGGGAGGCCAAGGGGGCGGUCCCAAAUCGAAACCCGUCAGCCGGAUCAGCACGGUCGUGUGAGGAGGCAGAAGCCAAGGACAGUGGUGCGCCAUCCUGCUGUCAGCCACCGAGGGGCAGUAGCAAGAGGGAGCAGGAGAGGGAGGAGGAGAGGAGGAGGAGCGGGAGGGCAAAUGCAGGUGUACCAAAAUGGCCACCUGGUGAGGAAGAGAGCAGUGAGAGCGGGAAGGAGGAAAUUACUCAGCCUGUGUUAUUUUCACAUCCACUUCCCACGCAGGUAGAAACUCUCUUACACACUGAAAGAUGUUUAUCGGGGAACUUGCACACUGCAGGGGCAAAUCUUCCUGGAAAACCUGCCCAUGGAGCAACAAGCACCAAGAAUCCUGGCAUUUUCAGUCACAUGAAGAUGAAGAAAACUCCCACAUAGUCCUGCUGUCUUGGUGAAAACGUCUUCAGCUUCCUUGCCCUUCAGCGGUGAGCUGGGACUCCGGAGGACAUGCUUGUAGUUCUUCAUUGACAGAAAGUGUUCAUGUCAUAUUGUGAGUACGAAUUUGUGUGUUGCUGUUGUGGACAAAUGGUUCAGGGACCAGACGUAAAGGGAACAGUGCCUGAGAACAUAACACACAAAGGUUAGCCCUCAAUGCUAACACUAUUUGAAGGGAUCGUUCAGAUUUUUUUUAGGUAGCCUAAGAACACAAAGAGUCCUGAUUCCAAAAAUCACAGUAGUCUUACAGCACCUUGUUUUCCGCACAAAAAGCACUUGUACCAUUGUUUUGGUUGUUGACAUAGUUAAAAGCCAUGAAUCGUUAAUGAGAAGCAGAAGUGGUUAGCAUUAAUAUGGUGCAGUUUCUGUGUCUUAGACAGGCAUGCAUGACCUGUGCAAUAGCUAAUGAGUGUCAGUGUAUCUAUGGUUAAAAUCCUAUAUGCAGAGGGAGGGAUUUGUUGUAAUUUAAAGCCCCGAUCCAGUGUGUUUAUUUGGCCAUGAAAAGUGAAGACUUUCUAAAUGGACAGAAAGCUCUCUAAAACCUUUAAAUAAGCCAUCAUAACAAAAACUACAGGUGUCUUUUUACCUUUGUGUUUUGCAAAAAUUACUAAAAGCCUUUGUGGAUUACAGGGUUUCAGCAGGGGGCGCAAUACUGUUGUUUUGGAUUGGGACUUUAAAAUUUUCCCAAUUGUUUAUUCUUGUAAGAUGGGUAUUUAUUUCAUAAUUUGUAUUAAACCUGUGAAAGCUCUCCCUACUUAUCAAGUAUAUAUAGAGUGUAAACCUCAAUUUGUAAGAAUUAUAAUCCAAUAUAUGUUAGCUGUAUUCAUGUUCCAUAUUGUAUGCGACCCUCUAUAGGCGUUUUCCACUGCAGGAAACCAGGGCGGACACAAGGUGGCACGAACAUAUACAGGAAUGGCCUUAUUAGCGGCCAUUUCAGCCUUUCUGUUUCCGUUGCUUUGUAGGAUCCAACAGCUUCUACUGCAAUGUUAACUAUGAGUGCACCAAAACAAUGACGAAUAAGCAGUGACUGGGUGUAACUCUAGUUCUAUGAGCACAUAGAAAAUAGAACAAUGCAGCUUUGUUAUGCUAGCCUAUGUGGUGUAUUUUAUGUUGAAAGGGGACAUUUGUUACUAGAUGAGGACAUAGAGAGAGCAGAAAAUUAUCACGUCUUGUCCCCCUAGUGUUAAACAAAUCAGCAUUUGUUUUCUUUGAGUUUAACAAAUUAACAUCGCAACCCAUAAAGCAGCUUUCAGAAAUAUUUUCAUGUACUUGUCAAAUGGGCCCGAAACAGGUUCUAAAGGGGCAGUUUCUGUGGUUGAAACCCACACUAAGGUUUAGGCCACCCCAUAAAUUGACACACAAGUUCCUGCAGUGGAAAACAGUCUAAUGUUGCCAGAGAAGGAGAUUACGCUGAAAGGUGCCAAACAGGGAAAUGCAGCCUUUGGUUUCAGUGGCUUGUCUGCCAUUAAUGAAGGCACUGAGCUGCAGUACAUAAGUAAAGUAAUCAAAGUGUCAUUUCAGGUUACAUUCAGCAAAAUCUUCUUAAAAUGAAUCUCUCUGUACCUUUCUCAGCAGGUAUGUUACCAGGACUGGAUGGGAAAUUAAAUUUUAAAAAGGUCAUAUUCCAUUUCUAAAUUCUAAUUCCAUGUCCUUAGAACCAGGCUGCACACCUCGGUACCCAACCUUUGCUUGCAGCGUACACGACCUCAACCCCUAUCCCUGCAGGAGACAUGCCCUUUGGAAGGUGGCUCCAUGUUGUUAAUUCGGUCUGUGCCCAGCUGAGCCCCAAGGUUUCAGGUUUGCCACCAGACCCUUACGGGCAAGCUGCCCUCCCAGGACAGACCCCAGGAGGGGGCUCGAGUUGCCUAUUCUGUGUAAGGUGCUACUACUCCUUUUUCAAUGUGCCCUGAGUUGAGGGUAAGUUACUGCCCCAAGGGAAUAGAUUUAAUAAUCAGGAUCUUGUUCACAAAUUAUGGUAAAUGGAGCAUGAGGUGGACAGAUUUAUUGGAGCAGAAUCAACUGCUGUGGUGAAGUAGGAGCUGAGCUGGAAGGCAAAGCCAGAACAUGUACCAGUUGGUAAGGGUUCCAAUCCUCACCUGUGGUCAUGAGCUUGGGGUAGUAAUGGAAAUAAUGAAAUUAAUGAUACACGUGGCUUAUUUGAGUUUUCUUUGUAGGGCGACUGGGCUCAGUGUUAGGGUAACACCAAUGGGGUGAGGAGCUUGGGCAUCUAACAGAGUCGCUGCUCCUUUUAAGUCCAAAAGGAUGCGGUUGAAGUGGUUCGAGAUUAGGAUGCCUUAUGGGCUCAAUUCCUUUCAGACAGCUGGGAGGACCCCGGUUGACCCAGAACUCAUUGGAGGGGAUUACAUAUCUCAGCUGGCCUUUGAAUGCCUCGGGAUCCCCCAGGAGGAGCUGGAAAACCAAAGAGAUCUACAUUCCAGCCCUCGGCUUUGGUCAUUAGCUCUGGGUAGUGUUUUAGUUCUGAGGUCAGAAGAUAAGUUCCAACUUUAUUUCAACAGCACAGACAAAGACUUUUCCAAUAGUUUUGGGGGGGAAAAAAUUAAAUAAUUUCCCACCCAGUCUAAACUGCUUUAGUGUCUCUCAAUAGUAAAAAAGAAAAACAAAAACUCUGGUGUACUCGAGGGUGAAUGAAGUUUAACCCAACAUUCCCCACUCAAUGUGUUGUGAAAUGGAAAAUAAGGUGCCUUCAGACAUACGAAUGGUACAAUGUAUAAUUAUUCUAAGAAUAUAAAGACAAUUCAGUGUCCAAAUCAGUAAUAUAUUGAUUGAUUGUGUCUGUUCACAAUAGAAAAUAUGAAGCCAUUUAUUGCAUUUUUAAAACCUGGCUGACUGACUGAGCCUUUUGCUUUCCUUGUCAUGGAAAAAAGACACAAAGGAACCUGAAACCUGGACCUCAUCAUAUCUUCUGGAAGGACUUGCUAACGUCUCACAGAACUGGAGUGCAGAACAUGUUUUCAAGGGAAAUAUUCUUAAAAUCAUCUUUAGUCAUUAUUUUUGCACUUUCAGUUUGAGCCUACCAUGCCAGUAUUAAUGUGUAUUUCCUUUUUCUGUUUAAUCAAGAUCAGCAGACGUCAGAGCAGGAAGCCCACUAUGGCUUGUAGAAAGUUCUUCCACCACUUGAACUAUGUUACCAGCCAUUUGUGUUUUUUGACAAGACAGAAAACUCUCAGUGCUGUUUGCUUUCCUGUCAUAGAGGCUAAUUUAGGCAGCCUCAUAUAAAUAUUUACCAGCGUUUAACUGGUGGAUGAUGGGAAAUUCCACUAAAUGCAUACAUCAAUGACACAUUUUUAGUUUCCCUGUGAUGACGUGAAUGCACCAACUGUAGAUAUUAACUGUACAGUGUGUUCUAUUUUCAAUGGGGCCAACAGCAUUGAUCUGUAACUGAGGUUCAGAAUUGCUUGAAUUAACAAAAUGUAUGCUCUAAAAACCAAAAGUUAAUGAGGGUUCUUCAGUCGAUCUUAGCAUCUUAGGGUUCCUCAGUAGUAAAACAAAACAAUAAAAAUCCCUAAGAUGUUUAUUUGUUUCUUAUUUUUCCUUUUUUUCUGGCAUUGGAGGUUUGUGGAAACGCUGUCAUAGAUUAUAAUAAUUGAUGGAGUUCCUCAGGGAACCAUCUUGGGUCCCCUGUUUAUUUCAACCUGAAGAACCCCUUUGACUUUUAGAGUGUGCUACUGAUAUUAUCAAUAUUGUUGUGUGACAAGCUUCUACUAACAUAACGUACUCCUUGGGCUGUUUUGUAUUUUUAGCAUUUUUAAUUUUGUUAUGUGCUUACGAUGUGAGAUGAUUUUUUUUUCUGAUUUGGGCAUCUUAUGGAAGUACUAAAUUUUUUUAAUUUUUAAUAUGUUUACAACGAAACCAACAAUUUUCUGUGACUAACAUAUAACUUGUUCUAAUACUUUUAAUACAGACUGUGAUAAUUACUUUCACUCAACAACCCACGGCAUGUUCGAGCAAACACACACGCCUGCACACCACUGAAUCAUCGCGAACCCUCUCACCAACCUUUUAAUGGAAACAAGCAACACUUCUGCUACCAAACAACAUACAAAUAAGCACUUCAUGCUGAGCUGCUAGGAUUUCUGGGUCCCCACCAUGUAUCUACAAAUGUCUGUGGAAAUAUUUUGCCUAUCAGCAAGGGCCUUACAGGAACUACAUCCACUCGAAUAGUUGAAAUGUCAAAAUGAAGUUCUCGAGGAGUACUGGAUCAAACCUACCUCGUAUAGGACUGCACAUUUCACCCUGUCCCAGUGCAUGGCCAAGCUAAAUCAAGCACAUCCUUAGUCACAUAUUAGAGGUCCAUAUCUGUGCUGUUACAUGUUGUAGCACAUCAGCUACAAACUGUAUAUACUUUACAUUACAAAGAAUCAUUUUCAAAAUCACCCCUACAGUUUACAGAUUUGCUACCUUCACUUGGCAUAGGACUGGACACUUGCUGCAGAUAGAUCUCCCAUCAAUAUUUAGAAAGGAUCCAGAAACUAAUGAAGUUGGAAAAAGUGUCUAGUUGCAAGUUGCUUCAAGUGGUUGGACUCUGAUAUAUCCACUUCCAGGUUUACUCUACCUACCUUUGGAAAGUGAGGAAUGCUGUAAGAUUUGACAGUUGGUUGCAGUAUAGCAAACUUUCAAUGCAAAAAAAAAAAAAACUCCUUCAUCAUUGUACAAAGUCUAUUUUUUAUUUCUUUGUUAACUGUAGAAUUGAUUUACUGACAGCAGAGCCUGUCAGUGCAAUACUGGCCAGAAAUUAGCUGUUAUCUGCAGCAGGAUUCAAGUCUCUGCAAGUACAUGUUUAAUGAAACAUACUAAAAUCUGUAACUUUCUUUAAGGUAGGAAAUCAAUGUUCAAUGUAUUCAAUGGUUUGCAGAGGUAAUAUAAAGUAUAUGCAGUUGAAAAACAUGCAGCAAGCCAGGUAUGUCCUUUAAAUGCUCAAUUUAAAGUCUUUAUUUCCUGCCCGGGUCUGCUCUCCACUAUCGGUUUGCAUGUGGUAUUUAUUACAGUAUCUGCACUGAAUGAAACUGUAUUAUAAACAUGAAUGUACAUAACAGUCGUUAGAUGAAAAAUAACAAUGCGAGUACUCACUUUGCUCCACAGCGGGCAGUUUGUCAGUGGCUGGGUUUACCUCAGGAAUGGACGGUCUAAUUUUUUUUAACACAAAUAGAAACAGAUCUGGUCUGACAGCUGCAGGCAAAACAGGGAACAUUUUUAAAAAGCAAAGCACAUCAGAUCUGAGUCAAAUAAAGUUAAAAAUGUUGGAUUCUUCUGUUCCUGUGUAAAGCCAGUCUGUGUUGUGUGUAUCUAUACAAGGGCAAUGGACAGGGGUGUUAAGUUGUUCGUAAUAAUACAAUGGACCGCUUUCUGGAGAAAAAAACUUUCUUGUUUAUAAUGUAGAGCAAAGAGAGACUGGAAUAGUCCUUGUAAAAUUGUAUGAGUAAAGUGUCAAAUAUGUGUCAACAGAGACAACAUUAUUUUAAAAAUUAUGUAUGGAAAAUUUUAGCUGUGUAUAUAAAUAUAUAUUACUUGUACUUUGUUUUUGAAAUUGCAGAGAUAUGGAAAAAGUGGAAAUAUUUAUUGCUCUAAAGAUAUAAAAAUCUGUUCAUGUGGAUGGAAA